AUGAAAAGCGUCAAGUUUCCUCAGUUUGCUACAAUUGGCUCCAUGCAAGUUCAAGAUGAUUCUAAACUAGACGAGAUUAAAGCGAGUUCGCAUUCGUUUGCGCUUCAGAAUCAUGACAUAACUGUGGAUCAUGACGAUCUUUUCCAAAUAAUGGAAGAACGAAUGAAGCGAGAAGAGUGUAUUUUGUCUACAAGCCCUCACAAAAAGGUAGUUAAUGCAAUUCGCUAUGCCAAAGCUAUCAACUCAUCACUGAAUUCAAGUCUGGAAAAAACCUUGGGCUUGCUUCAUCGAGAGUUUGAGAAGGAAUUUCGUCGUAUCGUCGAAGUACAACAAACAGCUCUUGGGGAGUUUCCGGAGCUUGAAAAGUAUUUUCGUUCAACUUUUUCAGGUGUUACAAAUAAACAGUUUCGAAGAAGACUUAGCGAAGCUUUGGCAAGUAAAAGGAGGACAGAGGAGUUUAAACGAACCCGAACCCGUCUGUCUUUACCAAGUUUAUCAUCCGUUGAGCCUAUAAGUCACGAAGACAACGUUUAUGUUCCGCUAUCUCGCUCUAAAAAGGACAGUGAGAUUGUGUAUCUUCCACCUAUAUGAUGGUGUAUUUUAUUCACUGAGAUUUGCUCUGUUUGGAGACAUUUUGUUUCUCGUCAGUGUCACUCUUUUACCACCAGUUCGGCUUGCAUCAUAAAAUCCUCAAGUGUGAUCAGCUCGUGUAAUACUGUUUGUUAUGUGAGGUUGCAUUAGCACAUGAUAUGACGUUUUAAUCGGAUGAAAUUCUGUGUAUCCAAUCAAGUGAACAGCUACUAAGCCGUUCUUUUCUGUCGUGCUUGCCACUUUUUAAUGCUAUACGUAGUGGCUCCAUUUUGUGGAGUCUGCGGAUGAAAUCCAAAUGAAAUCCAACCCAGCAGUGAGAUCCUCUGGUAUUGUUUGUCCUGUGUGUACGAAGUGGUUCUCACUUUAGAAUCUGUGAAUGGAAUUGGAAAGUGUGAUAUUCAAAUGGAAGCUUUUGAGCCGUACUUUGCUGUAGUAUUUACGAUUAUCCUGUACAAGGUUGUUGUAACUGUUUUUGAGUCACCGAUGAAAUUCUUUUGACAGGGAAACCAUUCAAGUAGAAGCUACAGGACGCAAUUACUUUUCGGCGUUCCCUAUUAUCGGAUAAUGACAGAAUAAUGAAAUCAAACAACCGUCCAGUCGUUGGUAAAUAGGUAAAUGCUUUCUUGAUGUGCGGAAAGGUUGCUAUAGCAACAAUUGAAGCAGCCGAGAAGGGCUUUGAUUUUGCUUUGCUCUGUUUUUUUUUUUCCUGAAACAUUUGUCGUACAUUUGUCGUAUAUUUGUCGUACAUUUGUCGUACAUUUGCAGCAUUAUUAUUAUUAUUCAAGUUUUGUUAAACCACCGUUAUAAGAUGAAAUGAGCGAUGUGUAUUUGAAAAUGCGUUUUCAGUGCUGAGCGAGUUUACUAUGCGACCUAAGAAGGGCGCUUUUGUCGGAAAAUAUCGUUGUGAAGAAAUACCUUGCAUAGUAAUCUCGGUGGCUUCUACUCCCUUUAUCUGCCUGUCAAGUUUCAUAUUUAGCCAACGUGAAUAUACAAAUCUUACUGCUGUGCAAACAAUGCUCUGCCGCUCAUAUUACUUAAGGCGUGUCAUGCUUGCAGAUUGUUUGAUAAAAUAACGUAUUGUUAUAGCUUUUGGUGCUGGGCCGAAAUUACCAAAAUAAACCUCAAUGGUUUUUUUCUAUUCAUGUUGUACUGCGUAGUGAAGCCGAAAUUUAAAUAACAUCACCAGUUGACCCGGAAAUUAUGACGGAUUAGUUCAGUGUAACGAAAAUCUGGUGCGGCAUCGUCUAGGAAAUAAAAAUAUCGCUCUGACGCUCUUACCUUUCGUUAUAUUGGAAAACGUAGUUAUCUGUUGAUAAAACCAAGUUGAAACCAUGAUCCUCGAUUCAAGGCCUUGUUACACGCUGAUUCGUGAAUGUAAUGGCCCUUCGAGAAACCUUUGCACGUUGAAACGGUGAGCUAAAAUUUGCGUUCAUUCGCGUUUAUUGCUCAAGAACUUAAGCAAAGCCAAACUUCACCCGUUUCCUUUGACUCUUAAAAGCUUGAGGAGUUUGUUUUCUCGACCGUCGAUAAUUUUGUCUCACAGUUCAAUAUUCCUCUCAUAACAGUACAGGAGACUCAGAAAUUUUUUGAUAACUUGUCAUCUUCAAAGGCUACUGGAGCGGAUGAAAUUAGUGUGAAAGUUCUAAAGCUGGUCUCACCCGUUUUUGUACAGCCAUUGGCGAGGUUGAUCAAUUUGUCUAUACAGAGUGGCUGUUUUCCAACUAAAUGGAAAAUGGCGCGUCACACCUCUCUUGAAAGAUGGCGCCCAAGACUGUCGGGACAAUUUUAGACCGAUCUCCGUGCUCUCCAUAUUGUCUUAAGUCUGUGAAAAGCAUGUUGCGGCCUCCUUGAUGGAUUACCUUGUGAAAACUGGCUUACUGUAUGAAUUGCAACCAGCUUUUCGCGCAGG